AUGCAUCCCAAACGGACGAUUGCUACGUGCCUGAUAAUUGUCUGGUCGGCAGAAGUGUUGCUGUGCAACGGUACAGAUCGCCACAAACGAACGUUGGUGUUCACAUCGGACAGUGCCACCGGGAUCCUGAUUGCAUUGUCCGUACCACUGCUAAUACCGGAUAGGAACAUCUUUUUGGCCUACAACUUUGAAGCAAACUACGGUAUGCCGGGAAAGGCGAGUGACUUCACCCAGGGUGUGCUGAAGAAGGUGGAUAACGAUCAGAUCGAACCGACAGCAGAUGACGAAUCGGAAGGAAGACGUGCGGAACGUGCCACGAUUACACGGUUUACCCGCAAACAGGUGUACCGUAUGAUCGAGCUGAAUUUGACACGCUACGGUUACGAUGGGAAGAAGUGCAUCCUGCGAAUGAUCUGUGAGCUAGCGGGGCAACCGGUUCACGACGCGAAUGGCAUUAUUGGGGAUCUUUUGCAGCUAGUGUUUACACCAUCUGGUUCGAGGUACGAACAACUGCCGAGCGAGUUCUAUGUGGCGGAGCAAAAAGGACGUCAGGAAAAGUGUGCCAAAUAUGAGAAAUAUUGUCCCAAAAGUCCACUCGACACAAUUAGUUUAAUUUUGUAG